AUUGACUGCGUGACUCACACCAUCAGCUCUGGCGCAUCCUCAUCCCAUGUUGCUCCGGUUCAUGCGCUGAUCUCUCUCAUUUUCUCUCUCUACACUAUGGGGCGAUCUCAGGGAAAAGUUAGCAAUACAUUUCACAUCCCAAUGAGGUGAUUGAGUUUCAAAAUUGGGUGUUUCACGAGGAAUACAACAACAUGAUUACGAUUCUUCGCCGCAGAUUGUGAUAUAUUUAUAUAAUAUAAUAUUUACCAAUUUCUGCGAGGAAGAUCUCUUCUGUGUUCGCUGUUUGCUUAGCAGGAAGAAAUGUCUGAAUUGGUGGCUCGGACUGGUAGGCAACAGCAACGCUACCACGAAGGCUUUCGCCUCAUCGCCGGGUGUAUUCCUUUUAGGUUUAGAAAUGUAGCAGAAAAUGGUGAUGACAUCUCAAGAAAAGUUGUUGAAGUGCUUAUGAUAAACUCAACUAGUGGACCUGGUCUUCUGUUUCCUAAGGGUGGGUGGGAAAAUGAUGAAACCGUUGAGGAGGCAGCUAUGCGUGAAGCCAUUGAGGAGGCUGGAGUUCGUGGGGAUCUAGUGCAUUUCCUGGGGUACUACCUAUUUAAAAGCAAGACGCUUCAGGAUGAGUUCAGUCCAGAGGGUUUGUGCAAAGCUUCCAUGUUUGCUUUGCUGGUGAAGGAAGAGCUGGAUUCUUGGCCAGAGCAGAGCCUUCGGAAAAGAAGCUGGCUGACAAUUCCCGAAGCAAUUGAGUGUUGUCGGCACCCAUGGAUGCGAGAGGCCCUCGAAGAAGGUUUCUUGAAGUGGCACGCCAGCGGUAUGACAAGUACAAUGAAUAAAUGCAAAGACUAGGCUUUCUUGUCUCCUAUAUAUUGAAUGGUUUUAGAUGUUUAGUGAAGGCACCACCACCACCGACUUUUAGCGGAACUAGACAGUGUGACCUAUGAAAGAAUCUGCAAAUAGUCUUAUGUUUUAGGUUUUUCAAAACCUGUUUUUCAUGUUCUUUGGUUCCGUGCUAUAUGCUGAUUGAUUAUGAUGAUGAUGAUGGAAAGAAAAGAAGUAGCAGUUGAAGUAGAAACUCAGAAGAAAAGAAAUUAAUUAAUUAGAACCAUUAUGCAUCUUUUACUUCCAUCAUA